GACGGGCGGUGUGUCGGGCCGGGCCUGGGGCAGCGCUGCGUCCGGGUUCGGGAGCGUCCGGGUCCGGAGCGGGCCCCGGUAGACACAAGGUACGUCCGGCGGCCCCUUCGUCCUGGCGUCAGGACCGACUCCUCGUUACUUGUGCUUGGCGUGCAGUUUGUGCUGUCUGUGUUUUUCUCCGUGCCGGUUCUGGGAAGGGCGGAAGGUCUGUCUGGGAAGGGCGGAAGGUCUCCGGGGCUUCGCCGGGAGCAUAUCCCUGGGCCCGUCCCGUGCGGCGGCUCCGUCUGGAACCCGCGGCCAGAAUCGCUUCUGUUUCCUGGAGGCUGUUAAAUGCGAGUGCUCCUUUUACAAUAUUUUACACAGAAAGGUGUAAUUCUCCGAAGUGUUGUUCCUGCUGGACGUGCUGCGCGGUAGGCGCAGCAGCCGCGCCUAUCCCCGGCCCGCGUUCCCGACCGGCGCCGUUCCCGGCCGUGCCCAGCCCAGGGCUCGGGCUGCGCUCCCCGUGUGCCUGGAGGCCUACGAGCUUCGGACCGGUUCGUGCUGAGGAAAGGAGAGGUUUCUCGUCAGAAGGCAUUGCACGCUGCACGGGUUUUCUUUCCAAGAUCCAUUCUUCCAUGUGAAGAUGCUUUUCGUCUGCCAUCUGCUCAUUUGGACAUGCUUAUGUGGUUCAGGAUUCUUUGCCAGAGUUCCAAGAGUUUCUUGGAACUCCAGUCAUGUGGCACUAUUACCUAACAGUGGAAAACAAAUGCUUCCUCUCUUGAGAAUUCCAGGAAAAAGGGAAAUUAAGGAUUUUUAUUUUUUUUAUGCCAGAGCAGUUGGCUCGUUUUUUUCUGAGCAGCAGCCAAGAAUUGCAGCACAGUUUUUCCUACUGAACCUGACCAUUAUCAAUAAUGGCAAGACUCCCAAGUGCUGCACCAUAUAUCCGGUGGAUCCUUUUCUUUUCAUAUACAACAAAUGAAGUUUUGACUGCAGGACACAUACAGGAAUUUGCAUGCUUCACUGACUAUGACAAAGAGCUGGUUUGUCACUGGAAGGUGCCUGCACAAACCAAUUGCUCCAAAGAAUUCGUGCUCUACUACAGCAAUGAAACUUCUUCUGUGUCAAAUAAAUGUGUUCCUGAGAAUGAAAAAGACCGUUUAAGGUGCACUUGUACAAUAUAUCCGGAAUAUUUUGUAUUUAGCCUCACAUAUAUUCUAGCCCUACAAUUCAAUGGCACUGAUUCGUGGAAUUACAAUGUUACACCAGCCUUUGUUGUUAAGCCGAGAGCCCCCAAAAAUCUUACCAUUGAGAAAGCUGAAAAUGGUAAUUUCAAUCUGAGUUGGGAGGAGAGCUACUCCCACCCAUCCUUUCUCUCUGGACAGCCAGUCAUCUAUGAAGUGAAAUACUGGAGGAAGCAGCACCCGACAGAGGUUUCUGUAAAAGCAAUUAACUACCAGGCAAAAAGUUUUGAGAUUACUGCAAGCUCCUUGAAGAGAGGCUAUGAUUAUGUCGCAAGUCUCAGGUGUAACUAUGUGGACUACCCAGCCUACUGGAGUGAAUGGAGUGAAGAAGUUGAAUUUCGCAAUGAUUACCAGGUGGAGGCUGAAGACAUUCUGCAGAUGGCUGUGCCCACAUCCUGCAUACUGGUCAUGGCAGGAUCCAUAAUUUGUUACUUCUGUUUCGCCAAAGUGAAGAAAGAAUGGUGGGAUCAAAUCCCAAAUCCAGCAAAGAGCCAAUCGGUUGUAAAAAAUGUCAAGUUUUCAGUUUUGUGCUACUUUGAUGAAAUUAAGUUCCCGUUCCAGGACUUAAAGCAGAGUCACAUGGAACAACAAAUCAGAAGUUGCAAGAGCUGUCUGGCUCACAGUUUGUCAAGCCAAAACUUCAAGGGAAAAGAUAACAUCAGAAAUGUUGAGAAAUCUUGCAGUUGCCACAGCAAGUCUGAAGAGUGGUUGCCAAAAGGCAGCAGUGCAGUUUUAACCCCUGAUACAAUACCAGUUGAAGAGUGUAUAGAAAUCUGUGUAUGUUUAACAGACAGUGAAACUGAGAGCCAAGAAGAAACUGGCAACCAGAUCACCAUGUUUGAGCCUUGUGAGAGCAGCAUUGGUGCUUUCAGAGAGCACCCUGAACACAAUGAGUUACUAGCUAACAUGUUUGAUGCACUCCUGGCAGAUGAAAAUAACAUGGAAGACAAUAAAGGCCCAGACAUCCUCACAGCUGAGAGGAAAACCUUAGAGAACAUUGGGUCUGAAAAUCCAUCACAGCAAAAUCCAAAAGAAAGUGUAGCCCAGAGUCCGCAACGGUGUGACAUUUCUCAUACAGCUCCUCUUUUCAUCAAAGCCUCUCAAGAUGACUACAAUUGUAGUACAGCCAGCAAAGAGUCAGAACUAUCAGAAGAAUCCUUUGAAUCUGGAUAUCGGAGCUCCAGCAUAAAUUCUGCUUCUCUGGAUGCAAGAGAUCUUCAACAAAUGGUUCAUCAAAGCUGUUUUCUAUGUCAUUCUGAAAGUGAGCUUGGCUCUUGUGUCCUGACCCAGGAGUCUACAAAUAAAUCAUUGUUUGGAACUGAAACAGACAGAAAAAACAGCCCUGCAGACAAGACUUUUGAUACCCUUGUGUCUGCAUCCAUGGGGUUGUGUGGUUCUGCCUACAAGAGCUGUGACACCCUUUUGUCUCCAUCCCUGGAACCCUGUGGCUCUGCCUACAGGAGCUUUAAUAUGCUUGUGUCUGCAUGCAAGGAACCAAGCAGCUCUGCAUACAAGAGCUUCAGUGCCCUCAUGUCUCAGUCAAUGGCUAACAGUAGCCUGACUCUGGGCUUUGAAAGUGUGCCUUCCUUACCACCUUUGAGACAGUUGUCAGAGAUGGCCAAAUGCAGCUGCAGAGACCAAAGGGCUCAGCCUGCUAGCAAUCAGAUGUGUUACAACAACUACAGAUCUCCCAGCACUGAGCUUGAUUUUCCAAACACCUGUUCAGAACAUACUGAUUUUCCAUCUUUCUCCACACAUGUAAAGGAAGGUGCUUCAGCUUUUCUUUCAGAGGAAGAAAUGCAUAAGCAAGUAAUAUAUCAAAAUGUUCGAAGGAAAGCUGAUAUAAUUUCUUGCCCCAUUGCACCUCAGCCAUCUGGCUAUCAGCCUUUUGGUAGUGUAGGUAAAUGUAAUGGUCUAUACUGGGACAGUGACAAUGAGGUUAUGUCUACAUCACUUUAUGAAUCCUUCAUUAAUCAGUGCAACAACCUGAAUGAAGCACCACCAGAUACUGCAGUCUAUGAAUCUGACCCAAGGAUAAAGGAUGGUGUGUGUUUGACUGUUCAGGGUUCUGACUACACCACUGCCCCGGGUUUAGCAUCUAGUGAGAAUGACACGCAGAUUAGUGAUGGUAGCCCUUGGAUCAACAGCACUAAUGAGCUGUAUGGUGAUAGCAAUGAUGAAAAUACCAGCAGAGAUGAACAGCUGUUGCAUUUGUUAGAGAUGAAGUGUCAAGAUUUAAACAGCAGAGAAAGCUACAAAGGCAACAAAAUGGAGAAGCUUUAACCCUACUGGGAAAGUAAUGCAAGAGAGUGGUGAUAACAGACUAAAUGACUAACUUCCACUGCCACUCACACAACCACUUGAGGGAACUUGGAGAUGCAGGGGGAAGUGAAGAGGUGCUGAAGCAUGCAGAUGGGGCGGGGGGUGUGGCUCAGGAGUCAGCUUACCAGCAUCACCGGACAGUAUUGGGCUAAGCUUAGAAAGAAAAACUGUAGAGACCCUGGAGCUCCAUGGCUCAGACAAUCAUUUUGUGAGUAACUCCUAUCCUUCUGUCUCUCACACCAUUCACAGUGAGGACUCCAGACUGGCACUUGCAGUUAAAAAAAAAGACCAAUAGAACUAUUAGUGGAAAACAGCAGGAAAAAUGAGAAAAAAAUGAAACUUUUGUGCGAACCCUUGCCCAAGAGAACAACUGCUAUAUGGAGGUAGCCUAGCCACAUUUGCCAAGACUGAACUAGUCUUUGGAAAUAAACUGUAUGGCAAGUUGAA